AUGUCCAACCAGCAGGUGGGCACGGUGUUUGACCGUGUCAUCCAGGAGGUCUGCGAUGCCUCCCAGGUCGAUUUCGAGGAGAGUGGUGUGGACCAGCAGACGCUGUUAGACCUGCGAAAGAGCUGGCAAAAAAAGCUAUCGUCGCUGGGUGUUGCCCAUUUUCCUUGGGAUCCUGCACCACCACAACCCGCCCCUCCCCAGAAUCAAAAUCAAAUACUCCCACCUACAGCUCCAGUUCCCUCAAAUGCUCCUCGGCCUGCUCCCCUGAUACAAACACAGCAGCAACAUGUGCCGCAGCAACAGCAACAACACCCCCAAUCUCUCCCGGGAGCUGUUCCCCCAAUGCAGACACCUGCUCCAAUGGGACAACCACCUCAUAUCAAGACCGAACCUGGUCUGAAUGGCCAGUCAGGCCUACCACAUAUGAACAACAUGAUGCCAGUACCUUCAUCAAACCCCCAAUCUGCUCGAGAACGGGCUGCCAAUAUGCUUCAUCAGAGAUAUGGUGCCGCCGCGGCUAGCUCGGUCAGCCAACUGCAGGCUCAGUCUCAAGCCGCCAUGGGUAUGCCCGGACAACCCCGUCCCCAGAACCCGCCACAGAUCGCCAAUGGUCAAAUCCCUCAAAUCAAGCAAGAACCGUCUUAUCCGUCCGCGCCCCAGCCUCAUAUGCACAAUUCCCAGACGGAUGGUGCCUGUGACGAUGCAUUAUCAGACUGGAAAGCGGAGGUUGCACGACGACGCGAGGCUGCCGCACGCCAGAAUGGGGAGGGUGACAGGCUUCUACGAGACCACCUUCGACAGCGCAUGCUUGAAUUCGAAGGAGGCGGUCUCCUCACCCCUUUGGAUGAACGCCAGUCCAUGCCGUCAACAUCGAGACGGGAUCUCCUUUCGAUCGAUGCGGAAUCCUCGGGUAUCGUCGCACCUUUUGCGCGUCCUGAGAGACCAAGAGCCCAAUUCGAUGGUCCAGGAGGAGAUGAUGACAGGGUGGAAGACGAUGAAGAUGCCAUCAACUCCGACCUCGACGACCCGGAUGACCUAGUUGCCGAGGAUCAUGAUGCCGAGGACGCUGUCGGGCAGGUCAUGCUCUGCACAUACGACAAAGUGCAGCGCGUGAAGAACAAGUGGAAGUGCACUUUGAAGGAUGGUAUCCUGACAACAGGCGGCAAGGAAUAUGUCUUCCACAAAGGCCAGGGUGAAUUCGAAUGGUAA